AUGUCUGUCUACCAAAAGACCGCUACUCACGCACCAGCAGUGCUCAACAACAACCAAGCCCCAGCUGAUGAUGAUGACUGGGACACUGAUCCCGAAUACGUCAAUGACAUCAGUGAGAAGGCUCAAAGAUGGGGCUCAAAGCUGAUUCAGCCAGAUGAGGUGUUUGAUGAUCAGACCCCAAACAUGCAGGUGUUGCGUGAGAAGGUCUUUGCCAAGGAUUCAGAGGCCGGUAUGAAGGAGUACCAAGCCAAGAAGAUUCUUUACGGAGGUGAGCGUGCCGCUGUCAACAACAAGGAUCUCUAA